AUGGCUAUUGAUGUUGAGCCAAGCGCUGCCCAGCAUAUUUCCAUAACUCCACUGCUGAAAAGACUUUGGCCGUCCCCUGGCGAGAGCAAUGUCACUGCUGCUGAAAUAGCUCUCGCCAUCUCCCACAUUUUUACCGACCAAUUGUCGCCUGUUCAAACAGGAGCACUUCUCACUUGCUUGCACUUCACCGGAUGGGAUAGAAGAGCCGAUGUUAUUGCAAAAUGCGCUGAAGUCAUGAGAGAUGCCGCAUCGCAAGUUGAUGGGGAGCAGUUAGCGGAAGUGGUCAAAACUCGCGGGAGGCCAGAAGGAGAUUACCAUGGAGGACUUUGUGAUAUUGUGGGUACGGGUGGUGACUCUCAUCAUACUUUCAACAUUUCAACCACAUCGUCUAUACUUGCAUCGUCUCUCCUGUUUUUAAGCAAACAUGGCAACAAAGCUUCUACAUCCAAGUCAGGCUCCGCGGAUUUGCUCAACGCAGUCUUACCGAAAGCGCCAAAUCUCAUGGCUGUAACCCCCAAGACUAUUGCUAAAGUCUACGAGAAGAGCAACUAUGCCUUUCUCUACGCGCCAGUCUUCCACCCAGGGAUGAAGUUCGUUGCGCCAAUUCGGAAAGAACUUGGAUGGCGGACAAUUUUCAAUUUACUUGGCCCACUUGCCAACCCAGUGGAGGGCAACAUCGAAGCUCGCCUGCUAGGUGUUGCACGACGAGAUAUUGGGCCAGUAUUUGCGGAUGCUUUGAAAAUGAGUGGUGCUCACAAAGCCAUGGUUGUUUGUGGCGAAGAAGAUUUGGAUGAGAUCAGUUGUGCUGGUCCGUCGUACUGUUGGAGAUUGGUCAAUCGUUCAAGUCGGUCGGACCCAUCACCACAUGAAAUUGACAUUGAGACUUUCAAACUUUCCGCAGUGGAUUUUGGGCUUCCAAGCCACAGACUGGAGGAUGUCUCGCCGGGCAAGGAACCGGCAGAGAAUGCUCAGAUAUUAUCCAGACUUCUGCAGAAUCAACUACCGCGAGAUGAUCCGAUACUUCAUUUCGUUCUUAUGAAUACCGCAGCUCUUUUUGUAGUAUCUGGCAUCUGCGAAGCGGAUACUAGUGAUAUGGGUUAUGGAGACAAUGGGAUUGUUGACAAAGAUAGAGGUCCCGGAGGAGGUCGUUGGAAGGAAGGUGUUCGGAGAGCCAGGUGGGCAAUAGAAAGUGGCCAGGCCUACACGCAAUGGAUCAACUUCGUAAACGUUAGUAAUGAGCUUGCUGACGGAAGCUGA